AGUCAACGAUUUUCUCAAGCUUAUUUUGACUUCCGCGUCUCUGCACGUGCCCAGGGAGUCGAGGCUACCGAUUUGUCAAUACUUUGCUGGUGAAAAGCAACUGUUAUGCAUGAUGCUUCACAUGGAGGCGAAAAGAUCAACAGACGCCAAAAACGUCUUCCUCGCGGCUUUAAUUUCUGGAGCCUCGGCUGGAGUCGUCUGUGAUCUACUCUUUUUCCCUCUGGACACGCUCAAGACUAGGCUACAAAGCCAGCAUGGCUUUGUCCAGUCUGGAGGCUUCAAGCACAUAUACCAAGGAAUUGGACCUGUGAUGAUAGGCUCUGCACCAGCCGCUUCCUUAUUUUUCGUGACAUAUGAUGGAGUUAAGUUUUUGCUCCAGCCCCAUGUACCUGAUCAAUAUCGUUCGAUAAUCCACAUGGGUGCGGCAUCGUGUGCAGAAACGGUUGCAUGCUUAAUCAGAGUACCCGUUGAAGUAGUUAAACAAAGAAAACAAGCCCUGCUGUAUGACAAAGAAAAAUUAAAAUUAAGAACCUUAUUCCGUGGCUAUGGCAGUACAGUUUUGAGAGAUUUACCCUUUGGACUGCUACAAAUGCCACUGUGGGAAUAUUUUAAACUUUGCUGGACUCGUAAAAAACGCAGAGACUGCACACCUGUUGAAGGAGCUACCUGUGCUGCAGCUUCAGUAGCGAUAUCAGCAGCUUUAACUACACCGUUGGAUGUAGCCAAAACCAGAAUCAUGCUGUCAUCUACAUCAGCAGAUAAAAAAGAAGUUAGGAUAUCAAUUAUGUUGAAAGAAGUAUACAGAGACUUUGGUCUUCGUGGAUUAUUUGCUGGUUUUGUUCCAAGAGUCGUUGGUUUUACAAUAGGAGGAUUUAUGUACUUUGGAGUUUACGAGCAAGUUCGACAAUUUUGUUACAUAAAAUUUAAUGGUCAUACUCAAAAUGAAGAAUAAAAUAAAGUCCUUUUACAUCAUUUCUUUCUGUAAGACAGAGCUUUUGCUUGUUCAUCGUAGAAACAAAGCAAAAAAUUGAAGCACCAAAGCGUUUGCAAGCAAAAACUGCUUGAUGUGAUACAUUAUUACGUUGUAAUAAGAAAAGUAUAUUUUUUUAAAUGAUGAUUGCUGAUAUUGAAAGAAACUAGGGUAGCAUUAUGUGAAACAUGCGCUUUGUUUAUAAAGGCACAAUGGUUUCAGCAUACAUAUAACAAUUUCAUUAAAAAUAGAACUAUAAUAACGUUAAUACGCUUUGUUUUGUAUUUUUAAUUAUCAAAAAUAUGGAGUCAUUAAAUUUGCACAUAAACUAAGAGAAAAUCGAAAAUUUUUUAAAAACUAUGAUACAAGCCUUCAAAUUAUUACAUAAUUAUCUCUUUUUACGAAAUUAACUUUUGUGAGAAAAUUUAACAGUGAAUGUAUUCUUGAGUCUCAUUGAGUAUUAAAUACAUGUUUUUUUACUAAAAAACUAAAUAAUUAACUAUAACAAUUUUUGUCAUUUAACAAGUA